UAUUAUUGAAACAAUGAAUGAUUAUUGUGAUCCCUUUGGUUUUACCAAACAAACGAUGUCUUUACUGCGUGGUUUGGGUGUGCCUGAAUUAAUACCAGAAUGCAAGAAAAGAAAUAUAUCAACAGAUAUAUUACAUGAACUCACUGUGCAAGAACUAAUAAUGUUAGGCGUUAAUCCUAAAAAAGCUGAAGAAUUACAAAGUACUUUAAAUAUUAAGAGAAAAAGGUCUAAUAUUGUAAUAACAAAAGUUGAAGACAGGGUUGAACAUUUUCUUGAAAUAAUCAAACAUGGAGAGCAACAAUUUUGCUUAAUACAAGCACUUAUAGCAUAUUGUCGAUUAAGACUUGUUAAAGAACAAAUUAAUAUUUUUGUUGAUCCUAAUCAUUGUUUGACUGCUUCUAAAAUAUUACCUAUUGCUGUUGCGGCAACAUUAACAGAGUUAGAAGAUGCAAAAAAGAAUCUUUCUGAAGUUGAGGAAUUAAUUUUAGAGCUCAGUCGCAAUAAGAUGGACGGUGGAGCGUACGGCGGAGGAAAGGCAGGAGCCCCUUUCGACCCUAUUGCCUUCAUCCAAAGGCCUCAAGUCAUUCUAAGAGCUGUAUGUUUGCUCUUUGCGAUAAUCGUGUUCGGAUGCAUAAGCAACAAAGGGUACAUAAAAAAGGAAACCGGAGGAGAGGUGUGUCUUUAUAACGAAGACCACAAUGCUUGCAAUUACGGGAUAGGAAUUGGAGUCCUUGCCUUCCUUGCCAGCAUUGGAUUCCUUGCUGGCGAAUAUCUUUUCGAGCAGAUGUCUUCUGUUAAGACCAGGAAGCACUUUGUCCUCCUCGAUUUAGGGUUUUCCGGUUUUUGGGCAUUCCUCUACUUUGUCGGAUUCUGUUAUUUGACUAACGCUUGGAACAAAUCGCAAACACCAAAAGAUAAUUACGGAGUGAACAACGUUCAAAGCGCUAUUGCUUUCUCCUUCUUCUCCAUAUUUACCUGGGCUGGAUGUGCCUGGUUCGCCUUCCAAAGAUUCAAGCAAGGUACCGACGCUGCAUUCGCACCGAGUUACGAAGCAGAUCCUGUUGGUGGAACAGGAUAUACAAGUUAUCCCGAUGCGACUGACACUGGUUAUCAAGAACCACCGUUUGGUCAACAACAACAACAACAACAACAGCAACAACGGAUGCCCGAUUUUCGAGCUCCGGCUUACUAACCUUCUCAAACAUAAUCUAUCACUCUUGACACAACGCAAGAAAACAAUAGAUAAAAGAAGACAAAAGCUCUGCAAAUUUUCAAUGAUCGAGCAAUGUCGAAUAGAGUAAGUUUUCAUAGUAACAUAACUAGUGAAUGCAAGAGCAAAUGAAACAAGGAAACAGGAAAAAAAUAUAAAGAGAAAAUAAUGAGAAUAAGAAAGAGAAUGUGCGCGUAUGCGGAUACGUAUGUGUGUAUAUGUGUAUGAUUGAAAAAGAAGUAGAAAGAAUGCGUGAAUAUGUACGUGCAAGACAACAAAACGUUACUUGUUAAAACUGUGCUUCUUAUUGUUGACCACUUAUAAGUCUUACACCUAAAAAUCAGUGGCGUAAGCGAUAAAGAAAAAAAUAUAAAAAAAACGACACAUUUAAAAAAUAACACAUUGAAAUCGAAAAGGAAGUGUGCAAAGAAACAGGAGAAAGAGAGAGAGAGAAAGAAAGAGAGAGAGAAAGCGAAAAAAAGGAAGAGAGAGAAAGGGAGAAAGCGAAAGAUGGACAUUUACCAUCCAUAGAAUUAUAUAUAAAUGCAUAUAUAUAUAUAUUUAAGAUGUACCGAAAAUUGAACGAUACAAAGGGAAGAUAUAAAAUUAUUCACCGUAAAUACGAAACAAAUAUAGAGCAGAAAAGUAAACUUUUCUACAAAAUAAUUUUCAGUUUUCUUCAAAUAAGUUGCAAUUAAAAUUUUAAAAUGUACAUGUAGCUUUGUCAUCUAUUUCUCAAACUCGAGAACGUGCUUGAAAGCAUUAAUCGUUCAAUGUUUCAUGAACUCAUAGCUGCACUUAUAUUGUUUAAUAAACGAUAGGAGAGAAAAAUAGAGAAAAAGAAAGGUUAUUCUUUUUCACAAAUCUCUUCGAUCUCAAGGCGGGGUAUUUUAUAUUUUUCGUUUGUAUUGUCGUUUUCAGAACACCGUGUGUAUGUACACGUAUAUAUGUAUACAUAUUACAUAUAUAUGUAAUUGUAAACGGAUAAAGAAUAGCGGCUCUGUAAUAAUUCUUAAGUAGUUACAUGCACAUAUAUUUUACUGUGUUAUUAUAACGUGUUCAUAGAAAAUCGCGAAUACGACUGUACUACUGUUAACGACAAGACCUAUAUCGGACACAAAAAAAAAAAGAAAAAUAUUACAAUUCUGUUGAAAAUCGAAUUAUCAUUUUGAUUCUAUCAUUGCCGUAUACUAUCUUAUAUUAUAGGAGGAUCCUCCAUUUGCAAUACGUCGUGCAUUAACGCAUUAGCGAAUUGCAAGUAUAUGCUAUUUAUAUAAAAGAAUACCAGAGACUUAGUGAUACGUCACUAUGACGUGUUGUGCACUUUUUGAGUUCAUAUAAUUCCGUUUUAAUUUCUUC